UAGGGGAGGUGUCUCCCGCCUGGCGCGGGGCUGCGGGCAGCCGUGGCGGCCGCCGGGGACCGCAAGGGGCGGCGCCGAGGCGGAGCGGGCCGGCCGCGGGCCGCGCAGGAAGCGCCGAGCAUGCCCCGUGACAACAUGGCCUCCCUGAUCCAGCGCAUCGCUCGCCAGGCGUGCCUCACCUUCCGCGGCGGCGCCACGGGCUCCGAUGCGCCGGCACCGGGCUUCCCCGAGAACCUGAGCCAGCUGAAGAGCCUGCUGACCCAGGUGCGCGCCGAGGACCUCAACAUCGCGCCGCGGAAGGCGCUGCCGCAGCCACUGCCGCGCAACCUGCCGCCGGUCACAUACAUGCACAUCUACGAGACCGAGGGCUUCAGCCUGGGCGUGUUCCUGCUCAAGAGCGGCACGUGCAUCCCGUUGCACGACCACCCGGGCAUGCACGGCAUGCUCAAGGUGCUCUACGGCACGGUACGCAUCAGCUGCAUGGACAAGCUGGACACGGGUGCGGGACCGCGGGCGCCGCCUCCUGAGCAGCAGUUCGAGCCGCCGCUGCAGCCCCGGGAACGGGAAGCCGUGCGGCGGGGCGUGCUGCGCUCCCGGGCCGAGUACACCGAAGCCAGCGGGCCCUGCGUGCUCACGCCACACCGGGACAACCUGCACCAGAUUGAUGCGGUGGACGGGCCAGCCGCCUUCCUGGACAUCCUGGCCCCACCCUACGACCCGGACGAUGGACGGGACUGCCACUAUUACCGUGUGCUGGAGCCCAUCAGACCCAAGGAGGCCUCCAGCUCUGCGUGCGACCUGCCCCGAGAAGUGUGGCUCCUGGAAACCCCACAAGCCGAUGACUUCUGGUGCGAGGGAGAGCCCUAUCCAGGCCCCAAGGUUCUACCUUGAAGAGCCCGCUGCCCCGGAACUGUGGGCCAAAGUUAUGCCCUGCCUUGCUCGAAAAAGGCCUGGCUGCCCGCGAACUAACAUAAGGGCUCCUCUCUCUGUCCCCUCUCCUGAGCGAUGGAUCUACUGUAGUGACCCGCACCUCGUCUUGGACAACCUUUGGGAGCACGGCCCACAGGAGUACAGCCACCGGGCACGGUUAUGCGGGCGGGUGGGUGAGAGGGCGAGAAGCUAGGUUGCUUCCUGGUACUGUCACUGUCACCAAGGCUUUGAUUUAAGGGAGUGGGACAGGGGAUCCGAAAAGCGCUUCCAUCCUAAAGCCAUAAUGUUUCUCAUUCUCUACAAAAAUACACUAAAGGAUUUUGAACCCCUCCUCCUUUCGGUGACUAAGAUUUGUUUUCUCUCCUGCCCAUAGGACCUUUUGCUCCUUAAUAAUUUAUUGCUGAUUGUACAUGACCUUGAAUUUGGGUUGGUUUUAAGAAACGAAGCUGAGUUCCUAAAGUGUGUAGAUCUGAGAAGACAUACCCAGCACCGGGGUUCACUCCAGUCGUGGAGGGCGAUUUCAGUCCUCCUGGCCUAGCUGCCACAUUCGCUGGUCUCAGGUAGCCCUUAGUAAGAAGUUCAUGGAUGUGGAUUCCCCAGAGAUCAGCCCCUUAGAGCUCACCUUGCCCUCGAGUCUCCUGCUCUGUCAUUAAGAUAGUUUUGUUUCUGUUGGGGACUCAGCAAAGACUAUGUUAUCCUCAAGUGGCUUUUAUUCUUGGUGUACUUCAAAGAUGAUCCGGUAGAUUCAGAGGAGCUGAAUCUGUUCUGCUUCCAGAUAACUGAAUGUAAAGCCCCUGGUCACCUGUUGAAUUUGGUACUGCUUACUUCCAGCAUCUUCCUGUAAGAGUAGAGGUGGACACUCCAACCACCUUUUGCAUUCUCCCAGGAACCCUGCAGAGAGCUGUGAUUCCAGCUGUGCUGCUGGGGGUGGGGGGAGUAUUCCAACCCUCCUGUAAACAAGAGCCACUAUUGGCUGCUGCUGUCCCUUCCUGUAGGAAGAGGUAGAAAGGCUUUCUACCUCUUCCUACAGGGUGGGGUGCUCUGGGUGCAGGCUGCCUUCAGAGCAGGCAAGAAGCCCUGAGCUGGAUCCUCAGCACUGCGUAAAGUAAACCAAGUGUGGUGCACACCUAUAACUCCAGCAUUGAGGCAGAAGGAUUAGAAGUUAAAGGUCAGACUUGGCUUCCUAGGGAAUUUGAGAGGAGCCUUGGAUACGUGAGACACUAACAUAAAUCUGUGUGUAUAUAUUUGUGUGUGUAUACACACAUAAUAGAUACAUGGAUAAAUAACAAUUUAGCCACUUUAGGGCGCCAAGGUUGGAGAUUAAACCCUUGUGCCAACUCUUGUAACAAACACUAGCAGCUGUCUGCAGCAUUAUCACGGGCUAAGUACCUUUACCUUGUUUACAGAUGUGUUGGCACCAUAGCUUCUGGCCAUGGAGCAUUUGGCUCUCCCUUUUUACUAUGUAUAGGGUUCCUUUUUAUCACAGACCUUUUCAUAAAGACAAAGUGUAGGAAUAAACUGUGUCCAGCUGUCUUCUCAGCCUCUUGAUUACUCAUGUGGCAAUAGAAUUCUAAUACCUGUAACAAAUGGGUGGGUGGCUACUGUUUGUUGACCUGGUAGACAAACUGCAUUUGACUCCACAUAUCCAGGUUAUAUAGACCAGGCUGACGGGGUGUGUGUCCCCAGUCAUUAAAGUAGUCUGAAAAAGUAAUUACUGAUACUGUGGCUUGUGGGGCUUUUUUGUUUUGUUUUAAUUUAAAAAAAACAGGCUAGUGAAAACCUUUUGGAAAUCUGACACAGGUAUACCACCAAGCACUUCCAGGGCUGCUAAAUUUCGAGUUGCUUCCCAUCUUGGUGUUUGAGAUGUCUCUGGAUUCCUGUGAAGCAGCUCUCUGAGCCAUUCACUAGAAAAUCUAGAUAGCAAAGGAUGGUUUUAAACUUGAUAAUAUUUUUUUUCAUAGGGUAGCAACGAGCUUAGCUUUCAGCCACAUACAGUUUUUGGAUUAUAACAGUGGCUGAUUCUUUCACAAAAAUUGUUCACAGUCAUGUGUAUGUUUCAGCAUACUUUGAAGUUCUUUAAGCCUGCCUGGAACUAGGCUAGUAAUAAUUAUUAUAAAGGCCUUUAUUGCAAAAAAGGAGGGUGAAUGUUAAAGAUGUCAUAAGCAAUUUAGAAGGAAAAAACCUAAGGUGCUUUUCAGAAGAAUAACUGAAAUUGUUCUGGGCUAAAACAGCAAUACUCUGUUCUUCAUCUGUUCAAUAAGAACAGUGGAACUGUCGUUUCACUAAAAAAUUGAGUAACUUUAUGGUGAAAACAGUGUAACAUGUUUUAAUUAGCCACUAUGGAAGGGAUAUGCUCAUUACUAAGACAAAAUGCAGAGUAAUCCUGGCACUUCUAUGCAUAAACUAUUAGCUGUAACUGCUGCCGUUGUGUUUUCCUAUAGGUCUACACUAUCAGUUGGCCUAGAAGCUGGAGCAAAUGUUACCUUCUCCUUUCCUUCGGGAAGACCAAUGAGCACAAUGGUAUUAGUCACUUAACUUUGCUGAUGAAUAAUAAAUGCAAUAACUGCAGCUCAUGGAUGAGAAACUGUCUGUCUGUCUAAAUACUCUGAAGCUUUUAAAUUCUGUAGUUUUAUCAAUGAUAGAAGAUUUUUCGUACCAUCCUACUCCUUUGAGUUUUGAUGGUUUUAAUACCAAAUGCUGCUGAUUAAAUGAAAAAGCCUGCCUUUUAAGUAACAUGUUGUAUCAAUAAGAGUGAACUCCAACUUUUCAACAUGGCUAGAGUCUCACUGUCAAGAUAUACACCAUUCAUCCCCCAUUGCAUUGUCUUGUAGGUUCCUUGAUCUUGACCUCUUGGGAGGACUUUGCCCACUUCUAUUGCAAAUGAGUCCUCUGCUUUAGCUGAAGUAAUGCAUCCCCACUUCAGACCUCUGCCAUUGCUAUUUAACUAAACUGACAGCAUUUACUCCUAGACCUGCAGUUCUGAAUUAAGAGCUUAAGGUUACACAGAAUCCAGAUGUUCCAAAUGCUCAUUGGUCCAAUGCAUUGAGGUUUCUGCUGUCAAAGAUAAUUUGUUAAUGAUACCCAAGCUUUAAAUGCAGGGGUGGUUACAUUUCUGAGUAAAAUGUGUAUACUUAUGGGAAAUAAAGGCAUGUUUAAAAUUA